CUGCCCUCAAGCCCGGUGCAGCGGAGGGUGCAGGAGCUAGUGCGGUUCACACAGCAGCUGCAGCGAGUCCACCCCAACGUGCUCGCGAAGGCGCUGAGCCGGGGGAUUCUCCAUCAGGACCAGGACCUUGUGGUCAUCAACAAGCCCUAUGGCCUCCCUGUGCACGGCGGCCCCGGGGUGAAGCUCUGCGUGAGCGACGUGCUGCCUGUCCUGGCAAAAGUCCUCCACGGCCACAAGGCAGAGCCCUUGCACCUGUGCCACCGGCUGGACAGGGAGACCACCGGCGUCAUGGUGCUGGCGUGGGAGAAGGCAGUCGCACACCAGGUGCAGGAGCUGUUCCGAACCCGGCAGGUGCUGAAGAAGUACUGCACGGCAGGAGUGGUGGAGAUCCCCAUCGUCGAGAGGGAGGUGUGCAGCGGGCAGCGGCACCACAAGAUGACGCUGUCCCCGAGCUACCGUAUGGACCACGGGAAGGCAGUGAAGGUGCGGCCCCCUCGGGACGCACGGGUCGCAGUCACGCGGUACCAGGCACUCAGCAGCACGUGCUCUUCCGCCCUCGUGGAGCUCCAGCCCAUCACGGGAGUGAAGCACCAGCUCCGUGUUCACCUGUCUUUCGGGUUGGACUGCCCAAUCCUCGGUGACCACAAGUACUCAGACUGGAACAAGUUGGCCCCCCAGAAGCUGCCUUCUGGUACCCUGAAGAAGCUGGGGCUGGAGCAGUCGAAGGCCCGCCACCUCCCCCUGCACCUGCAUGCCCGGCAGCUGGUCCUGCCGGCCCUGGGGCCCAGGAAGGAAGAGCUCCACUUGGUGUGCCCGCUUCCCCGCUUCUUCGUGCACUCGCUGCGCCGUCUGGGUCUGGAGUUCCCGAGUCAGGAUCGAAGUGAGGACCACGAAGCUGGGUGCCUGGGAGCACGCUGACGCCAGACGGUUCGACGUUACUCUAGACUCGUGUGACUUCCCGCUUGGGGCAGAACAGAGGACCCGGGCAGGACAAACUGCGGAAACCCAGCACUUGGGGCUUUUCUUGGGGAAUAAAGUCUAUUUGCAGAUGG